UUUCAUGUCAAGUAUUUUUCCGUUCGAUCGUAACACAUAUUUUAGAUUUUGUGAUAGUUUGUCGCUUUGCGACAACUUUUAUUAUUCGGUCCUUUUUUUCUGCGUCACAAAAUAUAAUUACAAUAUAUUUAGCUCCUAUUGGCCUUGUUAUUAAUUUCAAUCGUAAUUUCAAUCGUUGUUAACAACGACAACAAGAUCGACGUGAAAAGCGUACUAUCUCAUCAAGUUCGUUGAAUGAAUUCGCGGGACACGUGUUUUUCGUACGCUAAGAUAUUUCUCGCGACAGAAUCAUCAUUAUUAUCAUCGUCGUCAUCAUCAAUGAAGAUGAGCUACCUAUCGAUGCGCGGUGUGUUUUACGAAAUACCGUUGUUGUUAAAAACGCGCUAUGCGAUAUUGGGAUAGGUCGAUAUUUCGAAUUUUCGAUAAAGGCGCAGGCGUAAAACAAGCGAGAAAUUCUAUCGCGUGACAACACGUCGACGGCACAUUGUCGAAUAAAGGACGAAGCUGUCCCGAAAAGGACUCACGAAUCGGAAGGGAGAGGGAAAGGGCGAAAUCGCGCUCUCAUGCCCGCCAAUGAUACGGCACUGACUGCAACUCCGCAUUUGAUUGGACCGCGACCGAAGCACGCACACGGUGCCAUGUCACACUCGCAUGCACACACCGUCGAAUGUUAUAUCGGCGUCCGUACGUCGGCAGUCUCUCGAAGAGAGGAGCAAGAGGACGCGAGCAGGAACAGCCGUGCGGGACGGGAGAGAGUGGUACGGGGUCCGAUUAUAGCCGAACGUCGACGGACAUGUCCGACGCGAAAUAGUCGACAAUUGACGCGAUAGAGAGUUUGGCGAGAAGAUGUUCCGUAACCAUGGACGGCUCAGGUACGCUUACAUGGGAAGAAUUCCUCGAGAAUGCAGAAAAGUUUCUCGUUGUUUCAGACAAGAUAUCAGAUGGAUGGCAGCUUUGCGGGGACAAGGAUAUUCCUGGACAAGCGUAUCUAGUUAGAAGAGCCAAAUAUUUCAUACCGAACGAUGUCACUACGAGAAAGGAUGAAUCGACCGACGACGAUAAAGAUUUUGAAGAAUUCCACGUGGAACUUCGGGAAGACCCACACGAAACUCCUUGUAAAAAUGAGUCACCUUUUAUUAGCGAACAUCACAUUUUGUGGUCCAUUAGUUACAGCGUCCCAAUUCUCUUCUUCAAUGGUUGGAAGUCAGAUUUCCCCGGUAUUAACCCGGUGACCGUAAAUGAGGCUCAAACUGUCCUCGGCUCCAAACUGAAUUACAUAGAAUUAUCGCAAGCGAUUCACCCUGUCGUCGGCACACCGUUUCUGCAUUUACAUCCGUGUUUUUCGCAGGGAUUGUUGCAGAACAUGUCGAAAAGCAAGAAUAAACUUGUCAGUUGGUUGAGUUGCAUGGCAUCAGCGGCUUUAAAUCUCAAAAUACAUCAGGAAUAUUUCAAAUUGACCUACUGAGACUGCCGUAACCGUUUGAAGGAACAAUGAACAUUUUUUUUACAAAUACCUUUCUGUACAUCAAGUUGAAUGACAGAACAAUUCCGGUUUUAAGGAAAGAGAAAAAGAAAAGUCAUAUUUCUUUUUUGUGACAUCGAUUGAAUAACUGACCAUACAUCGCUAUCUGAAUCUA